UAUUUUAUGAAUUCAUUUUGUAGACUUUUUGCUUUUUUAUUUUAUUAUCCUCCCCCCCCCCAACUCUUGCAUGGGUCAUGGGUUCGAAUCCAGAAACAGCUUCUUUGCAUAUGCAAGGGUAAGGUUGUGUACAAUGACCCUUCCCUUCCCCAUACCUUUGCAUAUCAAGGAGCCUCUUGGCACUGGGGUACGUUAGUUUUAUCUGUCUUGAAAGAAUACAGAAUUAUUUUGUAAUCCGACUUGUAGUUAUUCCCUGAGGGUUGACAUAGAACUUUAGCAUGAAAUUGGUAAAGUCACAAAGAGAUGCAAACUAGUUCUUUGUUCUGGCAGUGAUAUAGUGACUAGUUUUUCUGAGUUUAGAAUUUUGUUCUUUGCAGUUGUAAGUCUUAAAUGAUUUGGCAUCUUUAUCCAUAUUAUAAGAAUGCAUUUCUUUGACUGUAUUGGUAUUUGGAUUUAACUUUUGAUGAGCGACUAAGACUUGUUUUCUUAUAGCUCCUUUUUUGCAUUAGAGAUGGUUAAAUUAGGUGAGACAUAAAUUGAUUUUAUCACCAUCAUAUAUUUAAGUGGUUUGUUGUUUUGAUGCUUAAUGCAUAGCUGUCAGUAGUGCCAAAUUUGUGUCACAAAAUGCUCAUAGUUUGAAGUAGUUGCUGCAAUAACGAACCAAACCACAAAAUUUGCAGAACUGGAACUUUACUUUCUCAGUCACUUGUGCGCAUCUUGUUAUGAAGUACUACUUCGGUCUCAAAUAUAAACUAAAAAAUCCAUUGUAUCUUUUUUUUUGGAAGGCAGAAAAUAUAUAAUAUUAUUAAUAAGAACUACAGUACCAGGGGUACUGAUGAUAAGAUUAUACAAAGCAGCUAUGCUGCCAGCCUCCCAAAAACACAACUGAAACCCAUCACAAAGCCCAACCAAAGGAUAGAAACAACCCAGAUUAAGCAAAGGCCUCCAUUAGGUUGGAAGACCAAUGAUUAAAAGGGAUAUUAAAGUCUUUAUCUCUAGCUUUAGACCAGGACCAAGCUAUGAAUAAGGCAUCAUCCAUCACUUUGGAAGAUACAAAAGGAAUGCCCUGAAAAAUCAGUAAGUUCCUAUGCUUCCAAAUGGCAAAAGUUAAGGCAAUCCACCACCCACACCAUCUAGACUGGUUUCUUCCUACAACAAAACCAUCACAAAAUAGACUGAAAUGACUUACUGGGGAAGAAGGGAGGGCUCCAAUAGCCUGGAUCCACCUCAAAGAUUCCCACCACAGGCCAAUAGUGUAAUUGCAGUGAAAAAAAAGAUGGCCUACCUCCUCCUGCUCACUAUGACAAAGAGGGCAGACAGACUCCUGCAACUCCACAUUUCUUCUAUGGAGGUUAGCUCUAGUGGGGAGCCUAUCUUUAAUAAGCCUCCAGAAGCCCAUAAGCUGACCUGGUAGAAUACAUCCCACUAGGAUCAGCUUUCCACAGCAAAUUAUCUUUCAAGUGUCUCUGAAUAGGAUAAGCAGUGAUCUCUUCCAUGAAAAUCCAUUGUAUCUUGGUUUCAAAUGUAAGCAAAUCUCAACUACUUUUGUCUUAUUUAAUGAGGCUAUCUUCAAAAUACCCUUCAUUUAAUAGGGAGUUUAUGCUUGAUGUCAAGUUUGAAUAAAUGGUAGUUUAGAAAAAGUUUAUUUUUUAAUUGGGAUAUACACAAUUUAAUGAACUUCUCCAAUUUUCUUAAUAAUUGUGAAAUCCGUUUUUUUUUCCCGCUUAUAAAUGAGAGUGGAUGGAGUGGACCUAUUGUUCUUCUUUACCACUAACAUGCACCCUUCUCCGGCAACAUUGCCAACAUCUCCUAGCAUUUUCUAGCCAAUUUGACAUCUGGAUCCUCUGCUCUCCAUGGAUUCUGAUCAUCCUUGAGUCUUAUGCAGCCACUUUUUUGGGAAACCCAUCACUUUUUCCAACCAACUGUGACUGCUGCUGCCUAGCUUUGUUCUAUCCCUGUCAUGUACUGUUUUUAAUCUCUCUUAAAAAGGUCUCUUAUUUCGUUGUCUUGUGCUCUCUUCUAAGUUUUACCCUUUCAUUUUUUAAUUCAAAAUUGCCGCCAUCCCAGUACCUGCUGUAACAUUUUCAGAAUGGAUGUUCCCCGCUGCUAUUUGGUAUUAUUAGAUUUUAGUGUUUGGGGAAAAACUUUGUAUUUAACACAAAAUGCGAAAAUGUACAAUUCAACUUCUGCUUACCAUCAUAUUUAUAGUGCAGAAGCUUCAGAACCUUAUAGGUGCCAGCUGUGACAGUUACAAUUGACAUGUAUAUGUGUGAUAUAUAUACAUGUUUAUUUUUUUUUAUCGAUAAAUGUUAGUUUGUUAGAAAUGUCACUUGAAAGAUUGAAACUCACGACCUCUCCUCCCUCUCCUCCCUCUCUUCUCUCUUUUCCAACCACUAGGUUAGUUAUAAUAGGUUUCUACGUUAUGCUUGAAUAUUAUCAAUAGCUUUUUAAAUAUCUUUAUGUUUGGUAAACUCUUGGGAGUUUACUAAUCAUGUCUACAAGUCAAGUUUAUGGAAAUCUUCUUACUUAAACAGAGAGAGAAUGUUAGAGAGAGGGAGAGAGAGAGAGGGAGAGAAAGAGAAUGGAAUAUUGUGAGGAACAGAAGGAGAGGACGACUGAGAAUGGAACCAAUUGAGAGAACGGAUCCUAGACUAAGCUACGAAGGUAAUCGGCAUGGACAGCAACCCAAAUACCAUCAUGCAAAUUGGAGGGAUGGUACAGACAUCACCUCAUUCUACUUCACUAGGUUCCUUGAGGAUGCAAGAGGAGGAGCUGUGGACCAUUUUCAAAAAAUGGGGGGACGUAAGGGAGAUAUUCAUAUCCAGACAGAGGAACAAAGGAGGCAGGAGGUAUGGGUUUGUAAGAUUCAAAGGUGUGUCUGAUGAAACCAGACUGGAAAGGCAGCUUGACAAUAUCAUAGUUGGGGGCCUGAAGAUGCAUGUAAACAUACCAAAAUAUGGGAGAGGAAAGGCGACACAAGGAAAAUCCACAAAUAAGCAUUAUGCAGAUAGAUGAGAUGAGAGAGGUGAGAGAGGGUAGAACGAGAGAGGGUAGAACGAGAGAAAGAGUGAGCUUGAGAGGGAGAUUACGAAGGAGAGUUCAUGACAGUGUAAGAGGGAGUGCCCGUGACAGUGUAAGAGGGCGUGUUCGAGUGAGAGAACGGGAAAAAGGAGGCCAGGUACAUUAUCCAGCCUCUGAUGGCCAACAUGGGGAGAAGUACACUGCUAGAGAAAGGAGAAGAAACACUGAAUAUGGUGAAAGUAGGGGUCUUGCAGAGAGUAGGAGGGCAUCUUAUGAGGUGGAUAACAGCCCUACUAGAACUGAUGAAGGGUGGGUGGAAGUAUCUCAUAGGAGGAAGAAGAAAACAGCUGUAGACAGAGGACCCUCUGUGCUCAAUAAGCGACAAAGGCAACAUAGGAGAGGUACAUGGAGAGAUAAGGAGGAUGUCACCUCCUUUUACUUCUCAAGAUUCCCUGAUGGGGUAAAUGAAAAGAAUUUAUGACAGAUUUUCCAAAGGUGGGGUAAGGUGUGGGAGGUUUUCAUUCAUAAAGCUAAAAACAAGGCAGGCCAUAGGUUCGGUUUUGUCAGGUAUAAGGAGGUUCAAGAUGUGCAGAGGUUGGAAAGACAGUUGGAUAAUAGCAUUUUUCUUGGUGGGAUCAAAAUGUUUGUCAAUAAACCAAAGUUUGAAAGGGAUACCGUGAAUAGAGGCCAUCUGCAUGGUACUCUUACAAAUGGAAAGGGGAGAAUACAGGAGGUGGACAACGGUGGUCAGAAAACAUAUGACACGGGCGGAAGACUUGGGUCCUAUGUCGAGGUGGCUAGGGGGGUAAUACCACCAGUGGAUAACUUGUCUAACCAGAAGGUGGCUGUCCAAGGUGACAACAGACUCGUCCUGAGCCCUGUCAUUUUAAAUCCAACCAACGAACACAAAGAGUGGUUACAGAAGGCUUGGGUGGGGCAGAUUGAAGAAUAGGGGAAUGUUUGAAAAAGUGAAGGAGGAACUGAGAUGGGUUUUAGACCCCGACAUCAAUCCUCGCUAUUGGGUUGAUGAUUGGGUUAUCUUACCCAACCUCGAAGACGAUAAGGCGCUUCGUUUAGUGAAUGAGGAAAGGACGAAGGGCUCCACACCUAUACUGGACCUCCAUAAAUGGUCCCCACAUAUUCGUCCAACACACAGGUUGGCUUGGGUGCUGUUAUGGGGUUUACCGCCAACUGUGUGGGAAGUAGUUUAUAUGGAGAAGGUCGUGGCGGAGCUUGGGGAGCUGGUGGAGGUUGAUGAAAUGGUCGAGGAACGUUGGAGGAUGGACGCGGCGCGAAUCUUGAUUAGGACGAACCUCAGGCCGGGCAUUGCCAUGGCGGUCCCAGUUGUCAUUGAUGGAGUGGAUGCCGUUAUUCACAUCGUUGAAGACAUGCAGGGGCUCAGAACGAAGACGAAGCCCAAACAAUCACUCACGUGGUACCCGCCAUCACCUCUCUCAACCGAGCCAAACACUCCGAUGACAUACGCAGCUCAAACCCCAGGGGUUGAUACCAAGGGAGCUUCGUCGGACGGUGGGUCACAAGGCUCCGACGGUGGGUUUUCUGGGCACUGGCGCCGUACCCAGUCGUUCCUUGCGGGUCGAGUCAAUCGGACCCAAUCUGCCCACAUCUGCCACAUGGAUUGGUCUGCCGCUGACAAACCUGACAUGGCCCAAUCGUAUGGCGACAACAAUGGUGUGGAGGACCAAAGCCCUAAGGAACACAACAACGGUCAUCUACGACAGGAAGGGAAAACAUUUAAUGCCUCGUCCCACAGUAGGUGCUGCGUUGACAUGCAAAAGGAAAUAAUUACUUUGACCACAAUGGGUGCAGCGGAGGAGCAGAAAGAAGACGCUGUUGAGGUGGCAGAUUUUGAUCAGAACCAAAAAGGUGUCGAGGAGCAGAAUGAAGACGCUGUCGUGGCCUUGUCUGGUUCCAAAGUGGGUAUUAUGGAGGGAGAAAAGCAAAUAAUAGGCCCUUUUGAGGAAAGGUUAGCCUAUAGUAGAGGUCAAUAUAAUUGCCUGGAAAAUUCAACCCCUUUACCCGUAGGUCCUUAUCAUUUUCAAAAUGAAGAGGGGGAGUUGGGCCAGCAAUCAAUAGGCCCAAUUAAUUCUGGUACCAAAGUCUAUGUUAGAAGAAAGGAAUUUAAGGAUUCCAAAACUGUGGCCCAAUCUGCUCUGCAUCCAAAACUUUUGCUGGCAGCCACCACCAUUCUCUACCAUCCGUCACCGGAGCUCUGACAACCUUUCCAGUAGGUGACCCCCACCACUAGCAUCAUUGUUCACUGAUCUACAGGGUGGUGGUUACAACAUCUCGAUUGGGCUUGCGACGCUCCUGCGCACACCCACUCUUUUGCACGCUAGACUUGGCCAAACAAUGCUUUUCUCUUGCACUUGUAGGCGUGUGGCGCACCGUCUUGGGCUGCGCUUCUACUGCAGGAGUCUCUUUUCUGAGCAUAACCUAAGAGUUUGCCUCAAACAGAGCAUCCUUGCGGACACACCAUUGGAGCUCGAUUUUGUUUACCCUUUUUUAAGUACUGUUUGGUUUGUGAUUUUGGGCACUGUGCAGUCCAUUUUUUAUGUGUUUUGCAUUGUUGCGAAGAAGUUUCCAGUCGCCUAUCCUACCGUUGUCUCUUAUUAGCGUGUUUUUUGGCCACCGCCUUUAUCUUGCCACUCAUUUUCCGGCGAAGAACUGUCUAGUCGCCUAUUCUGUUGCUGUCCUUUUCUGGCGUGUUUCUUAGUGACUUAUUUGUCACUUUAUGACGAUUUCGUCUCUUCAGUUUGAAUAAUUGGGUCUCAACACUUCGUUUGAAGCUUCCAAAUGUUGGUUUUAAGAAGAUCAAAACUUGCUUUGGAUUCACUUAAGCUGAUGGGUGUUCCAGCUCUCUCUUCCUAGCAAUAUUCCCUGAUUUCACCAAGAUCCCUAAGUUGUCUUCAAAAUAUUGGUUUAGAGCUUUAGAAUGUGGUUCUUAAGAAGGUCAGAACUUGCUUGCUUUGCUUGCCAUAAAUUUCUUAGCUGAUGGUUAUUCCAGCUCUUUGGCAAUGUUAUCUUUCUAGCAAUAUUCCCUGACUUUGCCAACAUCCUCGAGUUGUCUUUCAAACAUUUUUUUUGGUGGAAGUCAAUUUUAUGUUUUUAUUUAUUGGUUGGGAAUAAAUUUUCUUGUAACAAGUUGAUUGCUUAGUAAACUUUAGCUUGAGGGGGAGUGUUGAAAAUUAGAAUGAAUAUUCGGAUUCUUGUAAUUUAUAGGGACAUUAUCUUUGAUUUAGAGAAUGAAUAUUCUCUAUGUAUGUACCAUUAAUGUAAUUAUCCUAUGUAAACACGCAUCCGCUGUGUACUCUUACACAUGGUUUCAGUCUAUUAUCCCUCUAUAUUUUCUCCUAUUUUACAUAUUCCAUGCUUUUUGUUGAAUUUCUUAUGGACUAGAGAUCCACUGAUAAUUGUUGUUUAUUUUUGUUUUUCGAAUUAUUAAUUUUUUACU